AUGGGCGACACGGUGCCAAAUGUUGAGCACGGCUAUGUCCUAGAGACAUCCGACAAGAACAAUUCCUACGCAGUAGGAUACCCCGUUGGACUGGUCCCCAAGCCACUGGAUCCCGACUCCCCGGGUAUCGCCCUACCCCCUUUUGUUGUCGAGGUCGACUGGCCCGUGGACAAUGAGUGGCAUCAGACCUCGCAAGAUUUUGCCAAUGAGACUGGCAUCACUGCCUACCAGGUUGGCACCAGCUACAGUCCAUUUUACAUCUAUUUCGUCGAGAUUGUCACCAAUGAGCACUACAAUUAUAAAUUCUACGACCAAACAGGGGAGAGUUAUGACUUGGACGUCUUUGUUGACGGCGAUCACGUUAUUCGCUACAACUCGCAGCAGCCAACCAUUGGGCAGAUUAGUGGGAGUUAG